AUGGCGAGGCCAUCGAAGACCCAUACCCGCGACCCAUCCCUUACAGUCAGAUUCUCGAGAUCGGAUAUACUGACAGUCGCUCAAGAGAUCUACGAUGGCACGGUGGCGGAUGUGACGCUGAGUCUCUUCACGAUUUGGAUCAAGGACGCCAAAGAGCACUAUGAGCAGGCAACGGAGCAUAUUCGAGAACUGGGCCUUGAUCAGGGCUAUCCCACUAACCGCAUUACCAACGAUUACUUGCGACAGCUACUUGACGACUGCGCUAGCGUUCGACCAAGCCCACCGGCAUCGGGCGAACUGAAGUCCGUCAGUGGAAGAAACACUCCUCGCAAUUCAGGCGCAGCGCCAGCUCCAUUAACAACUCGAUCAACAUCGUAUGGUUCCUUUGGUGCGGAAUCUAGACCGUCACCUAUACGGGAGUUCCCCCCAAAUACGCCAGAUCGUCCGGCCCCCUUGAAUAUCAGAUCAGCGAGCGGGAGUGGUUCCCAAACCUCCGGCACCAGAACACUGCUACGAUCGGUUUCCAGCCCAAUCCGUAUGCAGCAGGCCGCUCGUUCUCUGCAGUCGAGAGUUCCCCUGGAAGUACUGGAGGCUACGGCGACAUUAGCAGAGCUGGCAGCAGCCGAAGCAGCUGAGGAGGGUAAAUCCAGGGACCUUGAGAAAAAUAAAGCCAUUGAGCGAUUUAUUGAUGAUCUUCCAGAUAAGCCACAGGAGUUCGAAUCUGUUGGGCAGCGUCAGGGCAACGAGCUCACAACGCAGAGCUUCACCACAGGCCCACCGCCAGCACUCUUUCAGCGGCGCGCAGGUUCUCGAGCUCGUAGGGAAGCUCAGGCGAGUAGUGAUGUGCUGGAUAUUGCUAUCAGUGGUAUUAAUCGCCCGCUCCCUUUGCGACAUGCUCCUCCUCGAGUGCGGAAAUCCGAGAGUCCGCCCCAGGGUUUCAUGGAACAAAGCCGACGCCUGGAUGUUAACACUACCACAGAUACGUUUUCGGGUUUGACAUGCAGCUCCUCCCCUAUUACUCACGUAUUAGCACCUGGUGGCUACCGCAGCCCAGCCUCAAAUGCAACUCCGACAAGCAAGCCCGUUCAAUUGCUCCCACCGCGCCGUUACGCCUCCGAAGCAUCGCCUCCCCAUUUCCGCGGCCACCUCCUGCGAUCCGCCUCCCAACCUGUCCCUGCUCGCAUAGGUAAUGAUGAGAAGAUCGAGGGACUGCAAGAGCUCGCAAUCCGCAUUGGCCCCAACGCUCUGAAACCGCGCACUCUGCCCAGAGCUCGUGGUCCAUCUCGCACCAGCUGGAGCACUACCUCAAGCGAAUCGUCCCCAUCGAAGGAAGUGCCUACGUUAUCGUCGACUUUACACCCUUCCCAGGAGAGAAAUGAUGUGGGCACUUCUGCCCCUGGUGAAGUGCAAGAGGUUCGUUCGAGAAUCACUGCGGAAUACAUGGCGAAUGCUCUCGAGCAGAUUCGAGCCAGAGGGCGUAUUCUGCCGAUGGUACGCAAAACCGAGCUCGACGAGGCCGAAAUCCGUUGGCGGGAGGACAACAAGGUGUUGAGUUUCAGUUUGUAUGGCCGCACCGACGUGUUCUUUACGGAGAAGGAUAGGGAGUUUGUCGAUUUUGUGGCGGGAGAGCUGAAGGAGGAUUUGGGGAAGGUUGCCGGGCUCGAGUGGGUUGCUUUGCUGUUUAAGCGGUUUGAUUGACUUCAUGGAUGAUGCUGUGAUAAUUGAGAUAGGGCUGCCUACGACCUGUGUCACUGAAGGGUGACAACGAGAAUAGGCUAGCCGGAACACGUGCUCCGAUCGUGGGGCAUAGUGAAACGAGGGUUACAGAUAUAUGAGCUUCUACAGGAGCGAUCAUUUACUAGUAUCACCCAGUCCGGCAGGACGAAGGUGUCAAAUCGUCAGGACAACGGGGUCACUAGUGGCUAUUGAAUUACGGCAGCUUUCGGGAG